UCAACCAGGAAGUAUACUAAAAGGUUUGUUGCUCCCUUUGAUGAUUACAAAAAAGCACAAAUUACAGAUAAAAUGGAGGGGACGUCAAAAAGUGAUGCGGCUGAUCAGCCGACUAUUGUUGCUGCUCAAGUUCCCUUCCUUCACCUGUGCAAUACUUUAGAAAAAAUCCAGAAAUUGAAACUUCGUCCAGAAAAGUCCAAGACUCUUGGGGAUUUUAUUGAGUCAUGGAGAACAUUUCAUCAUGCCCUGCAUAAGGAUGAGCCCAAAGCAACAGACUCUUUCUACCCAGCAAUGCGUCUCAUUGUUCCCUCAUUCGAGCGAGAGCGACUGGCCUAUGGCAUAAAAGAAAGCAUACUAGCUAAACUUUACAUUGAUGUAUUAUGCCUCCCAAAAAAUGGUCCCGAAGCCAACAAGCUAUUGAACUACCGCACGCCGACCACGUCUCCAGGCGAGUCUGGAGACUUUGCCGGCAUGGCGUACUUUGUGCUGAAGAAACGCUGCACCAGCCAGGGAAAGCUCAGCAUUAAAGAAGUCAAUGACUUUCUUGAUUCAGUCGCCAUCAACAAUGCAAGCAAGAAGAAAGACCUUGUGAAAACGAGCCUGCUGCACCUCAUCACGCAGAGCUCUGCUCUUGAGCAAAAAUGGCUCAUUAGAAUGAUUCUGAAGGACAUGAAGCUUGGCAUCAGCAAGGAAACUGUUCUUCAAGUCUUUCACCCGGAUGCUGCUGAGCUCUACAAUGUGACCACAGACCUGGACAAAGUGUGCCAGCAGCUCCACAGUCCCUCUGUGUCUUUGAGUGAAAUUUCCAUCAGACUUUUCUCUGCCUUCAAGCCCAUGUUGGCCGCUGUCGCUAACAUCCGCAAUGUGGAGAAGCAAAUGGGAAACAGCCCUUUUUACAUUGAAACCAAGCUGGAUGGUGAGCGAAUACAACUACAUAAAGAUGGCGACGUGUACAAGUACUUCAGUCGAAAUGCCUUUGCCUACACACAGCAGUUUGGUGGCUCUCCUUUGGAGGGUUCUUUGACACCAUACAUCCACAACGUAUUUCAAAACCACAUCGUCAAUUGCAUUCUCGAUGGGGAGAUGAUGGCUUACAACCCAACUGCAAACACUUUUAUGCAGAAAGGGAGCAAAUUUGACAUCAAGAGACUAAUGGAAGAUUCAGAGUUACAGACUUGCUUCUGCGUCUUUGAUGUGCUGUUAAUCAAUUCCCGGAAGCUUGGCAAGGAAACGCUAAACAAGCGCUAUGAGAUCCUGCAGACAGUUUUCACUCCGGUUAAGGGCAGGAUUCACUUGGUGCUGAAAACAGAGGCUCGAACCAUGCAGGAUGUGGUGAAUUCCCUCAAUGAUGCCAUUGACAAACGAGAAGAGGGCAUCAUGGUAAAGGAUCCUCUAUCCAUCUACAAACCGGACAAGCGAGGUGAAGGCUGGCUGAAAAUAAAGCCAGAAUACGUGGACGGCCUGAUGGAUGAGCUCGAUGUUUUGAUUGUUGGCGGUUACUGGGGCAAAGGGAGGCGGGGCGGUAUGAUGUCCCAUUUCCUAUGUGCUGUUGCAGAAGCUCCGAAGCCUGGCGAGAAACCCUCAGUUUUCCAUACGCUCUGCCGCAUCGGUUCCGGCUACACCAUGAAGGAGCUGUAUGACCUUGGCUUGAAGCUUUCCAAGCACUGGAAAGUUUACCGGAAACACGACCCGCCAGCCAACAUUCUGUGCACAAUUGAGAAGCCUGAGGUCUACAUCGAGCCUUGCAACUCAGUCAUCCUACAGGUGAAGGCGGCCGAGAUAGUCGGGAGCGACAUGUAUAAAACCAACUGCACCCUGCGCUUUCCGAGGAUUGAGAAGAUCCGUGAUGACAAGGAGUGGCACCAGUGCAUUACCCUUGCUGAGCUGGAGCAGUUCCGCAGCAAGGCGUCAGGGAAACUCGCUUCGCGGCACCUUCAUAUUGACGCUGCCAACGAGCCACAAAAAAAAAGACAAAAGCUGCCUGCCAAAUCCAAGAAGGUUGUCAGAAUCAUUGAGCACUCCAAGCCCCAGGAUCUCUCUGGGGUUACCAAGGAGACAGACAUGUUUGAGGAUGUGGAGUUCUGCAUCCUGAAUGGGACGGAGGAUCACCCCAAAGCUGAGUUGGAGAAAGGCGUGGCCAAGUCUGGCGGUAUUGUCGUUCAGAACCCAGGGCGAGAUACUGACUGUGUGAUAGCCGGAUUGGAGAACAUGCGUGUGAAGAACCUGAUUUUGUCCAACCAGCACGAUGUUGUGUGGGCCUCCUGGCUGCUGGAGUGUCUGGAGCAGAAGCAAGUGGUUGCGUGUCAACCACGCCACAUGAUCCACAUGUCGCCCUCCACCAAGGAAGACUUCGCCAAGGAGUAUGAUAGCUAUGGCGACAGCUACUUCCUGGACACGGACGAAAAGCAGCUGCAGGAUGUGUUCAGGCGCAUGGGACCGGUAAACGGCUCAACAGCCGUCAAUAUCAGCCAAGUAGAAGAGCAAUACGGCUGGGAUGACCUUCCCACCAGUAUGUUCAGACCUUUCACAGUUUAUAUGGAUGAUUACACUGACAUCAGUGACCCUAAAACCCCAAUUUCUGCAAGUUGUUUGGAUAUCAGGGCCCUGGAGUUUCGUUACCAUGGAGGGAAAGUGGUGCAGAAGUUGGAGGAAGGCGUGUCGCACGUUGUUAUCGCGGCAGAAACAAGACUUGUGAAUUUAAGGAGAUUGAGGCGCAGCUUUCAAAAGAAGUUCAAAAUCGUCAGAGACUCAUGGGUGACCGAUUCAGCCGAAGCAGGGCAUCUGAUGAAUGAUGACAACUAUUUGGUUUGAAAAGCCUUCCCGCAAAACACUGCAUUUUAAUUCUUUCCUCAGAGCUAGAAGUGGCAUUGUGAAUGCUUAGAGAUGCAUAGUGUUAUCUAGCAAAAAGAAGUGAAUUAAGGAUUAUAAUGUGGGGUUGCACGAUUGGACUCAGGCUAGUAAAUUUCUGGAGAUGUCAUGAAAUAUCCACAUUAUCACUUUUCUGCCCAUGAUUUUAGCUUUUGUCUCAUAAUAAUAAUAAUAAUAAUAAUUCAGAACCAAUAGGUUCUAUGGAGAGUAAAAUAAUUUAAACGUUUUUUUGCACUUAUCCUUGAUUUGAAGUUUGAAACUUUUAAGAGACGGCGCUGUUUGUGUGAAUGUAACAUUUUGAUUACUUUUUAAGGGUUAAGUGCUUAGCUUUGAGAGUAGUUUUUUUGUUUUGUUUGGCUACAGCUGCAUUUUACCAGGUAUAAAUAAAUUAUUAUUGAAUCCGGAAAGCAACGAUUGCACACAGCUGCAAAGGUUCUGUACCCUCUGCUAUUUCCCAUAAUACAACUUGCAUAGCUGAUCUUGCAUAGCUCUUUUAGGACCAGUUAUAGUUAUUUCCCUCCAGAGUCAUGUAGUUCAUGUAUUUGUAUUAUGGGACAAACUGGAUUUUAUGUGUGAAAUUGUUUGUUUUCCAAUGCACAGUAGGGCUGUAUUUUUGAUUGAAUGUUUUUAACAAAAAUAAACAUGGCAAAUAACAAUUUAAAAUGUUUUUCCCUUUUCCUUACUAGGCUUUACACAGUCAGGAUUUUUGGGGCCGAUCACCGAUCAGCGAGUUUAAAAAAACGAUAACCGAUCACCGAUCCGAUUA